AUGCCCGCGCCUACGGCCUUGAAAAAGGCGGAGGAGAUGCCACUCGCUCCGGAGGCACCUCCCCCGGCCCAAGAAAACGACGACGAGUUUCUCCUCGACGCACAAGAAUCUUCUGCCGUCGAUGCUCAAGCGCUGGCGCCCCAAGCGCGAGACGACGAAAAUGAUGCCAUGGCCAUUGACGAGGAGGGCCGGCCACGCUUUGCGCCCACGAGAGACAUUGACCCCGUGACUAGAGUAGAGACGCGCAAGGUCCCCGUACCACCACACCGCAUGACACCCCUCAAACAAGCCUGGCCGUCGAUAUAUCCCCCCCUGGUGGAGCAUCUUCAGCUGCAGUGCCGGAUGAAUAUCAAGCGCAAGACGGUGGAGCUGAGGACCUCGAAGCACACUGUCGACUCGGGUGCGCUGCAAAAGGGAGAGGAUUUCGUAAAGGCCUUUACACUGGGGUUCGACGUCGACGAUGCCAUUGCCCUGCUACGACUGGACGAUCUCUACAUUGAGACGUUUGAGAUCAAAGACGUGCGGACUAUGCACGGCGACAGCCAGGCCCGUGCCGUUGGGCGAAUUGCGGGAAAGGACGGCAAAACCAAGUUUGCCAUUGAAAACGCCAGCAGGACAAGAAUUGUGCUGGCGGACUCUAAGAUCCACAUUCUAGGGGGGUUCAAGAACAUUCACAUGGCGCGGGAGUCGGUCGUCAGUCUGAUUCUAGGCAAGCCACCGGGCAAGGUCUACGGCAAUCUGAGAACAGUGGCCGCGAGGAUGAAGGAGAGAUUUUGA